GGAGAAGAUAAUUUCACUUACUGUCCAGCAACAGGCCUAGCUAAAGGAAAUGAGCACUCUGAAUUUGCUGGCUGGGCAUUUCCAUUUCCAGGGGUGUUUCUGAUGGAGGAGUUCAUUAGCAAAGAUGAAGAAUCUGAGAUAGUUGAACUGAUGGAUCGAGACGACUGGAAACCAUCACAGUCUGGCCGAAAGAAACAGGACUACGGGCCCAAAGUGAACUUCAAAAAACAAAGGCUGAAAGCUGGCACCUUCACCGGUUUGCCAAGUUUUAGUAAAAAGAUUGUGGCACAAAUGAAGGCCUGCUCUGUACUAGGCGGUUUCCUACCUGUUGAACAAUGUAACCUGGACUACAUGCCAGAAAGAGGUUCUGCCAUCGACCCACAUUUUGAUGACUGGUGGCUUUGGGGAGAGCGUCUGGUUAGCUUAAACUUGCUCUCAAAAACCGUGCUAUCCAUGUCUUGUGAUUCAGAGGACAGUAUCCAAUUAUUUCCCACUUUCAAGGGAAUCAGCUGCAUCUCAUUCCCAAGGCUUGUUCCAAGGAAAGAGGUGACUGUUGCCAUUCACUUACCCCGACGGUCUCUGGUGGUGCUGUACGGUGACGCACGGUACAAGUGGAAACACGCGAUUUUCCGCAAGCAUAUAGAGCAUCGCCGAAUCUGUGUCACGUUCAGGGAGCUGUCUGCAGAGUUCAGCACCGGAGGAAGGCACGAGGAACUGGGUAAAGAACUGCUAGAAAUAGCUCUUUCAUUUCAGGGAAGACCAGUGUGA